GCUGUCACAUGAUCGUAUGGAGUCGCCUGGUUAAGCGUGACUGCUUAGAUAAUGUAGGCGCUUAAUGAUUUCGAACACGCUUCGUGUUUUAUGGCAGCGCCUUCAGUAAAUUGCGGAUGGCUUCUGCUGCUUAUAUGUAUUGCUUACGGGUCCUCGGAGGACGAAGAUGUCUGGAGCCCAUUAAAUGCUGAUAUCCUGCUGCCAUAUGGUCCCGGGGGGGCACACGGACCCCCUCACUCCCAUCGCUAUGUGAGGGACUGUCAGCCCAUCACCCACGGCAACAUCACCUAUGAGACCUGGCCCAGCAACAGGGAUACCCAUGCUCCGGUGGCAGAAACAAAGUUAUUUGUUUCCCCCAUCAAGAAUGGGGAGUGGGUCCAGGGACAUGUGACUGUGGUCAGCAACCCGCUGCAGACCUUCUCCGUGCUGGAACCUGGGGGACCAGGUGGCUGUGGGAAGCCCCUCACGGAGACGGUCGCCCGCACUGCAGGGACCAGGAGAUGCCUCUAUGCCCAAAAUGGUGGUUUCUUCAACACAAAGAACAAACGCUGCCUUGGGAAUGUGGUGAGCGACGGGACACUGGUCCAGAACAGUGGGGGAAUCCAAAAUUCUCAGUUUGGGAUCAAGAAAGAUGGGACUUUAGUGUUUGGCUACCUGUCUAAGGAGGACGUCCUGGACGACGGUAACCAGUUCGUGCAGCUGGUGAGCGGUGUGGUUUGGCUCUUGAGGAAGGGUGAGGUGUAUAUAAAAGAGAGCAUGGAGGCGGAAUGCAACAAAACCCAGGAGACAGGGUCAUUCAGCAGGUUUGUAAACGUGGUUUCCGCCCGAACAGCCCUGGGGCACGACGCGGAGGGACGACUCGUUCUGUUCCAUAUCGACGGGGAGACGAAUAAUCGGGGGAUGGAUCUGUGGGAGGUCGCGGAAUUCCUCCAGAAGCAGGGAGUGGUGAAUGCCAUCAACCUUGACGGCGGUGGCUCCUCAACCUUCGUGGUCAAUGGGUCGCUUGCCAGUUACCCCUCAGACUUCUGCCACCCCGAUGACCGCUGGUGGAGGUGUCCGCGAGCCGUGUCCACGGUGCUCUGCGUGCACGAUCCGCCAUGCCAGCCCGAGGACUGUAGCGGACACGGCUCCUGCGUUAGCGGGCACUGUGUGUGCCACAGCGGCUGGGCGGGGCCGGCGUGCCACUCUCCCACGUGCCAGCCAUCCGCGUGUGGAGACCACGGCCUGUGCACGCAGUAUGGAUGCACCUGUGAUGCAGGCUGGAUGGGGAUCAACUGCAGCCAAGUGUGCCCUCCUGGUUUCUAUGGCGAUGGCUGCAACCAGACAUGCACCUGCACCAAUGGGGGUGUGUGCAACCCAGUCCACGGAUGGUGCUCCUGCCCCGCCGGAUUCCAAGGGGACGCCUGCGAGCAAGAGUGUCCGCUGGGCUUCUAUGGCCUGGGAUGUAAGCAGGAGUGCCACUGUCCCAACAUGUGCCCGUGUGACCCAGUGACGGGGAGCUGUAACGUCACCUGGCGCGGGGAGAGAAAUCAGACCCUCCAAACAGCUGGCCAUUGCCUUGCCAGGGAGCUGCUGAAGACUUGGCAACAGGAGGUUGAGGCCCACAGGGUCACGCCGUACUUCACGGAGAGGACCUGGCUGACCAUCACCGUGGUUCUGGGUAUGAUGCUCCUGGCCAGUGCCGUGGGUAACGCGAUCCAGGCGUCCAGAAAGCCUGGAACCACUGGGUUUCGGGACACAUACUCCUACGUUCCCCUGAUGACCGAGAUGACCACCAGGAUGGACUAUGAAGAUGGGCCUGAUGAAAGCAAAACUACAACAAUGGAGUCCUCUGUUUCCUACUAAUCCCAGCAUCCAGCCAGUCAAGGGGUGUGUUUGGCAGCUGGGAUAGGUCAUGGUGGGUUAGUCUCUCAGGGUCUGCAAGCAAGGCUUGAACCAAAUUCUGAAAGCUCAACGUAUCACCUUCAAAAGUUGAUUUUUUUUUUUUUGCAUCAGGGGGCUAGUUGGGGCAUGUAGAGGCUAGUUGGGGCAUGUUGGGGCAAGUUGCCUUUCUGCAGGCCCAUUGUGGUUUUGCUUGCGGUCCAUGCAAGGAGUUGCCAUGACUUUACAGAGAAUCAUCAGGACGCCACAGCGGCUUUCAGGCUGCUCGCCCACUGCCUGCCAUGUCGGCGCUGGGCACCAUAUGUCCAGUCUCUCAGUGUUCCAUGGAAGGUGCCGGAAAUGGGCCCGGGUUGUGAUAGUGUUCUCGCGUUCUGCUUUUUGCUGCCAGUAUUGCAUGCUUCGCUACACGUUCAUGCCGGCGAUGGAUGUUUUUCUUAACUGAUCUUCAACAAUCCAGUUUAUCUGCUGUCAGCACUGCAUUUUGUGCAGUGAUUUCAUGGCUGUAGGUGGCACAUAGGUGCCAUUUUGAUGGAUUUGUGAGGUGUUUGUUUUCUAGUCAGGCAUGACUUAAAGACAAAGUCCAGAUAGUGUCACUAUGCCAUUGUCUUGUCGUCAUACCACAAUGUGGUUUAUGAGCCUCCCGUAUAUAAACGAUAUAGACACAGGACUUCCUUUUGCUGGGGGGGCAGACCGUGACUUGUGUAUAGAAACCAUUCUGACAUGUUGCGAGCUUUUUAAAGUAGACUUACAGAUUUGAGUAAAAAAAUUCAUUCAUGAGUUUUCUCCUGCAAGGAGUACAAUGCAUUGUCAACACGUCUAGAAAUCAUUCAGUAAAAUAAAACCAGUCGCAUUCUGUUUUGCUUUGGGCACUUUUAUGCCCCAGUAAUUGUUUACAUAUUUUUAUAUAUAUAUAUCGUGGUGCAUUUUUCUAUGUGAGAGUGCUAGAAUGUGGGGUAAUUUGAAUACUGUUCUACCAUGACUCUGUACAGGAACUGGUCGGGAACAGUGGUGGGGGGGGGGGGGGUUUAACGAUGGCUUUCUUUUUUGCGGCGAUGAUAUGAGUCCUGAGCGUGUAGCUGGGUCAGGGGUGCUUUUGCGUGUAUGGUGCCCCCACCCCUCUACCCAGCGGUACUAGCGAUAAGGACAACGGCUGUUUGCAUCAAAAGCCCCAGAUUUGGGGUGUGGGUGUUUCGGUCUGUGUACGGCCCUACGGACUGCAAACCCUGACUGCAGCAGCACAGACUUCUGGGAACAUAGCGGCUUCCCUUGGAUUUUAGACGGGUAAGGGUGAGGGCAAGAAGAAGGUGUGAAACAACAGUGCCAUCAUAAUGGCACCUUUAGCCUUACCUCAUCACGAUGAGGCGUCACACUGUCGGAGUCAUUCUCUCACAAUCAGUCAAUUCUUUCAUUAUGGUUUUGUUUUUUUGUGGGUUAGGACCAUUAUCCAAAAAUUAGCAGUAAAAACCUGACUGGAUAAGGUCUAAUAAGUUAGUUUAUGGUCCUUAUCCAGUGUUAUUGUUUACAUAAAGAAUAUUGUUUUUCUGUUUAUUUGACCCGUCGCCUUGCUGUUUGUCUCACCACUGUGGCUCUAGAAAUAAAGUUUUUUUUGUUUGAAUGUAAUUGUUUAAAAAAACAAAAUGUAUCUGGGUCUGUGUUUUUAAUGGAAAUGUAUCGACGGCCAUUUGAAGAGGUCUGGGUAUUCUUGGCCAGCUACUCUCUCUUUUCCUCUCUCUGAAAUUGACUGAUGAAAAUCUUUGAGCUUUUUGGAUGUUUGCAUCCAGGCCAGUGUCGUGUGAUAUUUUCCUAUGACUGUUGAACUGUUUCUUAAGCAAAAAAAAAAAAGUGAUUAUUACACAGCUGCUGUCGCAGUAACCUCAUGCAGUGUUGAAAAUUGAAAGUAUUGUUUUAAAAUGUGGUUUUGUUCUGUCAUGCUACUGGGGCAGUUCUGUGCUCUGACCUUGGAUAUAUACACUUGGCCUUCAGUGGGACAGGGACUGUCUUGCUUAUCAGACCUCUACUCGAGAUUAUUUGCCCACCUGCAUAAAUGUGUAAAUUUGUGUUUUACUGGAGAAACUCCAUUUACCCCCCCCCCCCCCCCCCUCGCAUCACACUGCUGUUAUUUUCUUUGUGAUCCAAUAAUGUACUCCAUGUGCCCCCCCCCCCCCCAAGUCUUCUACAGGACAGAGCUUCUGUAGCUGGUGUGUGUGUGUUUUAUUAACCGGCUGGACGCGUACAGGUGGGGUCCUGCCCUGCUCCGCUUUUCUCACCGACGCUUUAAGGAUACUAGGUUUGGGGUUUCAUCAGACAUGUCCGUACAUGUCCUGAGUGUAGCACUGGUGCACAGCAUUUGUGCACUGAUAGCAUGAACUGAUUGUGCUUGGAUGGACCUAAUCUGAAAGGUCUUUUGGCCCUGAAAGGAAAUAUUGUGGCAACGAGCUGUGACACUGUAGCCAUUUCUGACCUGAUGUGCUAAAAUGUCCUGGAAGGGGGUGUUCCUUUAUUUCUGUACUUACAAACAAAAUACAUUGGCAGCGCCAAAAGGUUUUGUGUGGCAUCUAGGCACAUGCCAAUCAGUAAAAGGCAAUAAAUGAUUUUUUAAAACGAA